AUGGCUCUUCGUUUCGAGAACAAAGAAUAUGUUCUUGAAAAGGAGCUCAAAGAGCUUGAUGAGAAUGAAGCUACUCCUGAAGAUCUUGCUGCCUACAAGAAACAUUACGAUGAUGCUACCAAAGUGGCAUGCAUCAUGGUGGCAACUAUGUCCCCAGAACUGCAGAGGGCAUUGGAAGAGAUCUUGCCCACAAUAUCUGCAAGAUAUCAAGGAUGGCAAAGUGAAGCCAUCUUCGGCAGGGUCUAAAGGAAAGUGAGGAGAUAGAGCGAGGAAGGAUAAACCUGAUCAUG